CUCGGGCGCGUCCCUAAAUUGCCCUCACAAGCCAGCCAAAGCCAAGCCAUUUGCAUUUGAUGCUGAUUCUCUCCCUCACUUUUUCUAGGGUUUCUUCUUCUUCUUCGUCUUCUCCUCCUCCUUCGUCUUCUUAGCAGACACGAGAGCGAGGUGAAGCGAGCUUGACCGGGCUAUUGAUCGUCACCUGCUUUGCUUUUCGUCUGGUUUUCUUAGAAGAUGUCAGAAGAGGUGGAGUACCGCUGCUACAUUGGUGGCCUUUCGUGGUCGACAUCUGAUAGAGGUCUAAAAGAUGCUUUUGAAAAGUUUGGGCAUCUGCUUGAGGCCAAGGUGGUGGUUGACAAGUUCUCUGGACGCUCUCGUGGAUUUGGUUUUGUAACUUUUGAUGAGAAGCAAGCAAUGGAAGAGGCUAUUGAGGCUAUGAAUGGGAUGGACUUGGAUGGAAGAAAUAUCAUUGUGGAAAAAGCUCAGCCUCAAGGUUCGGGUAGAGACCAAGAUGGUGAUCGCAGUCGUGACCGUGGCCGUGAUCGUGGCCCUAGUCGGGACUAUGGUGGUGGACGUGGAGGUGGAGGGGGAGAGUGCUUUAAGUGUGGCAAGCCUGGGCAUUUUGCAAGGGAGUGUCCUAGUGAAGGGGGCAGAGGAGGUAAGUAUGGGGGGAGGGAUGACAGGUAUGGAGGAGGAGGAGGAGGAGGUGGUGGUCGCUAUGGUCCUGAUCGAAAUGGUGAUCGCUCUGGCGGGCGCAAUAGGGAUAGUGGUACUCGAGGAGGAUCAGGAAAUGACCGCUAUAGUCGGGACCGUUCUGGUCCCUAUGAACGUCGCAGUACAGGAAACUUCCGUUCGGGGUAGAGAGAAUACUCCUGAUAGGACACAGUUGGAGGUUCUGCUGUUACUUGCUGGAGGUGUCAAAGUCUCUUCUGUUGCAUCUCUUCUUUAUGGCUGUCUGGGUGGACCAAUCGGCUUGAUCAGUCUUUGAUGUGCGAACUAUGGCUAAAAGAUUCAACUGUUUAAUGUCCGUGAAUGCUCGUUUUGAUGUUUUGGUCUGAUGACAUUGCUUGCUUGACUCCAAGAAUCAAAUUUGGUCUUACUCUAUCAAUGCUAUGAUGGGUGCUGGAUUCGCUUUCGGUUA